CCGUGAUCAAUUUGUCUACCGUCAUUUUUCUCCCAUUUAUAGAUAGAAAUUCCCCCUCUUUUGCAUGCACCAAAUUUGAACACAAAUCUCAAAAAAAUUAUAUAAAGUUUGAAUCUUUCACAGAUAAGUGAAAAAGAUUUAAGGAACCUAAUCUUUUCCCUAACUUUUUGGCGGAAAUUCUUGGAUUUAUCAUUAUAAUAAUUACUUCAUUGGAAUCACAUGUUUUUUUUCUUCUUUUGGCAUCAAUCAAUUUCAAAUAACUAAAAUUUUUGAUAUCACAAGCAUAAAACCCAAUUUCAUAUUCAUUAUUUCAUACAAGAAUUUCUUUUUUUAUAAACCCAGAUUAAUUUUUAUAAAUACAAGAAAAAGAUCAGAUAAGAUUUUUACGAGGUGGGUUGAUUUGUUUUAAAUUGAUUUGCUUUAGAAAGGAAUGCAAAGCGAGAUAAACAUGGAUUUUUGGCCAGAAUAUUUAGCGAACAGUUGGGGAAAAGAGUUUGUUGCAGGUGGGUUUGGAGGAAUCGCCGGAAUUGUUGCCGGAUAUCCGCUUGAUACGAUAAGAAUCCGGCAACAAAGUUCAAAUUCAGGUGGUUCUGCAAUGAGUAUAUUCCGGCGAGUUAUAGCAUCGGAAGGUCCUUCUGCACUCUACAGGGGUAUGGGUGCUCCUUUAGCCUCUGUUACCUUUCAGAAUGCUGUGUGUUUCCAAACAUACGCGGUCUUAUCACGAGUUUGUGACAACUCCGUUGAUUUAAGAGACCCUCCUUCGUACAAGGGCGUAGCUAUAGGUGGAAUUGGCACCGGAGCUUUGCAAAGUCUUAUACUGAGCCCUGUCGAGCUUCUGAAAAUCCGUCUUCAAUUGCAGCAAAAUGGAGCAAGUACUGGAAAAGGACCUAUACAUUUAGCCAAAACCAUACUCAAUACCGAAGGUUUGAGAGGGUUAUACCGAGGGUUAACCAUCACGGUCCUGAGAGAUGCACCUGCUCAUGGGUUUUACUUCUGGACUUACGAGUACACGAGGGAGAAACUCCACCCAGGAUGCCGAAAGAAUGGUCAAGAGAGUCUAAACACAAUGCUUGUCGCUGGGGGACUAGCUGGAGUCGCUAGCUGGGUAUCUUGCUACCCGUUGGAUGUGAUAAAAACGAGACUCCAAGGACAGACAAGAUCUUCGAUGAAGUACAGUGGAAUUGUGGAUUGUUUUAGGAAGAGUGUUGAGAAGGAUGGAUAUGGGGUUUUAACUCGAGGGUUAGGAACUGCAGUCGCUCGAGCUUUUGUUGUGAAUGGAGCAAUUUUCACUGGUUAUGAGCUUUCGUUGAGAUUAUUGUUUAGUGGUGGCGGUAAUGAGAGUAUUCAGGCGGCUGACAACACGCUGAAAGUCUCGACACCGUAAGAUUAAUUCACCUUUGAUUCCUGUCAUCUUGAAGUGUAUCAGCAGUCGGGGUUGGGUGAUCAGACAAAAUGUGUGAUUCUGGUAUUGCGUAGUCCCGCCAUAAGGGUAUGGUAUGCCGUUUUUCAACUCUCCCCGGACAAUGUUUAUAACUUCUAAGAACGGGAUAUAGUUGAUAUGAUGAUAAUGACGACAUUUAUGUAUGUAGGGAAACACAAAAGAAUUAUAUUGAUGAUUAUUGCAACUACAGAAAGUUGUACAGAACAGCAACAUUUAAUUGAAAAAACAUUAGUAUGUGAUGGUUUCGAUUAUUGAUCUUUUGCCCCCUUAAUUUGAAAGAAUGCUGGUAUGCCAUGGAGCAAAAUUGGGAACUAUCGAUGAAAAUUCUAUAUAAACUCGAGUCUUGAGUCUAAUUAGAUCAAACGUAAAACAAACAAGCUAAGAAUAACAUGAUCAGCUGCAACCCAAAAGGUCGAAAUGAUACUAGUAAAACCUGACCACUCGAUAACUCGAUUUCUCGCCUCUUCUUGUUAUGAACCUAUAUGUAUAAGUUUUGUCCUCUUAUUUAGUUUGAAACUUUUACAUUACAACAAUUUGUUUUUGCAGAAAUGUUCUUGGUCCCCACCACCUUAUUUUAUUAUCAUUCACGCAUUUAACUCUUUUAUAUUAUUAUCCCUACAUUUUAAAUGAUAUUACUAUAAUUUUUUAUAUUUGUAUAGUAUAUGAUUGUGACAAUUUCUUGAGACGAAUGGAAUAUUAACUAUGCCUUACUGCCUUGUAUCUACCAAGUGUAUGAUCUAAUUUAUUUUUCUUCGGGCUCAUAAUCUUUUUAAAAUUUUCUUUCAUGCGUUUAACUU